AGGAACUGCGGUCCCAGCCCUUGUCAUCCAGCGGCUUGUCCUGCGUGCCCCGAGCCCUGCCCGCACCCAGUUAUGACUCUGCGCCCCUCACUUCUCCCGCUCCGACUGCUGCUGCUGCUGCUGCUCAGGGGGGCGGUGUGCCGGGCGGAGGCUGGGUCCGAAACCGAAAGUCCUGUCCGGACCCUCCAAGUGGAGACCCUGGUGGAGCCCCCCGAGCCGUGUGCUGAGCCUGCUGCCUUUGGAGACACGCUUCACAUACACUACUCGGGCAGCCUGGUAGAUGGACGCAUCUUUGACACCUCUCUGACCAGAGACCCUCUGGUUAUAGAACUUGGCCAAAAGCAGGUGAUACCAGGUCUGGAGCAGAGCCUUCUAGACAUGUGUGUGGGAGAGAAGCGAAGGGUAAUCAUUCCUUCUCACCUGGCCUAUGGAAAACGGGGAUUUCCACCAUCUAUCCCAGCGGAUGCAGAGCUGCAUUUUGACGUGGAACUGAUUGCACUGAUCCGAGCCAACUACUGGCAGAAGCUGGUGAAGGGCAUUUUCCCUCUGGUAGGCAUGGCCAUGGUGCCAGCCCUCCUGGGCCUUAUUGGGUAUCAUCUAUACAGAAAGGCCAGCAGUCCUAAAAUCUCCAAAAAGAAGCUCAAGGAAGAGAAACGAAACAAGAGCAAAAAGAAAUAAUAAAC